GGGAACACGGCUGUAUAUACAAAUUAGCUAUACCUACAAGAGCCUAGGGAGAGCUAAAGAAAGAGAGGCAAUAAUGGCAAGCAGUGGCUAUAGAGCUCACGUUUUAGCAAUUCCUUAUCCAUCUCAAGGCCACAUAAACCCGCUACUCCAAUUCUCCAAACGCCUGGCCUCUUCUAAGGGCCUCAAAGUGACCCUGGCCAAUACCAUCUUCAUCGCCAACUCUUUGAACCUACCCAAAUCGGCAGGCUCCGUCCAACUUGAGACCAUAUCCGAUGGGUAUGAUGACGGCGGCUUUGCCCUAGCUGAAAGCAUCGCCGCCUAUCUAUCCCGUUUAGAAGCCGAGGGCUCCAAAUCCGUAGCUGAGAUCAUUACAAGGCACAAGUCAACACCAAACCCUAUUGACUGCAUAAUUUAUGACCCCUUCUUGCCUUGGGCUUUGGAUGUAGCUAAACAAUUUGGUCUAGCCACUGCUGCCUUCUUUACUCAAACCUGCGCCGUUAAUUACACUUACUAUCUUGAGCAUCAUCAUGGACUAAUUAGGAAUCCAGCUUCUCCUCCUAAUAAUCUUCCUCUCGGACUGCAUAUUCUUGAGCCUCAAGAUAUGCCGUCCUUCUUUUCAGUGCCGGGCUCGUAUCCAGCUUACUUUGAGAUGGUGUUGAACCAAUUCUCUAAUACCGACAAAGCUGAUUUCAUUUUCGCCAACACUUUCUACAAGUUAGAGGAAGAGGUGGUGGAUUCGAUGUCUCAAGUUUGUCCAAUGUUGACAAUAGGGCCAACAAUUCCAUCUAAAUACUUGGACAAUAGCAUCAGAGACGACAAGGAGUAUGGGCUUCAUCUCUUCGAGAUAGACUCGGUUUGCACCGACUGGCUCAACACCAAGCCAGCAGGCUCUGUCGUGUACGUAGCCUUUGGUAGUAUGGCCAAUCUGAGUGACAAGCAAAUGCAGGAACUUGCCUUGGGCUUGAAGGCAACCGACUUCCACUUCUUGUGGGUGGUCAGGGAUUCCGAAGAGGCAAAGCUUCCAGAAAAGUUCAAAGAAGAGAUGGCCGAAAAAGGCUUGUUAGUGAAUUGGAGCCCUCAGCUCGAAGUGCUGUCACACGAAGCAGUAGGGUGUUUUUUCACUCACGGUGGGUGGAAUUCGACGAUUGAAGCAUUAAGCUUGGGAGUGUCGAUGGUUGUAAUGCCACAGUGGACCGACCAGCCUACUAAUUCCAAAUUGGUUGAGGGUCUUUGGAAGGUUGGAGUUAGAGUAACGGUUGAUCAGAAUAGUGGGUUGGUUGGAAGAGAAGAGAUUGAGUUGUGCAUUAGGAAAGUGAUGGGGGAGGAGGGGAUUGAAAUGAAAAUGAAUGCUAAAAAGUGGAGGGAGCUGGCUAUUGAGGCAGUGAGUGAGGGGGGCACCUCGGAUAAGAAUAUUGAUGAAUUUGUAUCGAAGUUGGUAAUUGCUAAGCCAGCCAGCAUUUGAUUCGUUUUCGCAUGCGCAGUUGAUCGGAUCAGUGCAUUGUUGUUUACCAUGACAUGGAUUAUAAUUAAACAAUUAUCAUUCCAAAUAAUCAUAGUUAGCUAACUAGGAUUCAUAGAUAUCAAUUAUUGCUUACGUACUUGUAAUCUAUUAUUUGUUGGACAAAAUAAAAGCUUGGGUCCAGGGUUAAUUGA